UCAACUCUAUACAAUAGACACCAAAUCGGCGUCAAUCGAGCUAGUAUACUUAUAUAAUGUGAGCCGAUAAAUUGACAUCCAGUUUAUCAAAUUCGGCCUUUUGUGGAAUGCCACGAAUUUUUCUUUAAUUAUAUUUAUUUAAGCAGUGCUCGCAUUCGGUUGUAUGUUACAAAAUAUCGGGCAGAGUAAAAUUUUUGCUUAAAAAAAUAGUGUUUUUGAAAAUGAAUUUAAAUGUAGCGGCUAAUAAAUUCCUCGGGUUUCUGCAAUCGAAGUGGGCCUGGAAUCCGUGGUUGCGAUGGAUGUUGCGUGUGUUUGCAUUGUCCCAGGCAAUCGCGCCCGCCGGAUGGCCUAUUUCCUACGAUUUGAAAGGCGGCGAUACCUUCGAUUACAUAGUAGUAGGUGCGGGUUCCGGUGGUGCAGUGGUUGCUGCAAGGCUCAGUGAAAUCUACAAUUGGCGAGUGCUGCUAAUUGAAGCUGGAGGAGAUCCACCACCUGCGAGUGUGGCACCCAGUUUGUUUAGUUUAUUGGCACAUACGGAGUAUGAUUGGGACUAUAAAGCAUACUUAGAUCCUGGAAUUGGACAAACACACCCCGAUGGGUACAUUCCCAUGACACGUGGAAAAAUGUUGGGUGGCAGCUCAUCUAAUAAUUACGAAAUAUAUUCCCGGGGUGUGGAAGAAGACUUUGAUGAUUGGGCUCAGUCAGCACCCGGAUGGAACUCGGAAUCGGUUCUAUAUUACUACAAAAAACUAGAAGGAAUGACAGACAACACUGUAUUUGAGAAUCCUAGAAAUGCACGAUUACAUUCAAGAGAUGGUCCUGUUGCCGUAUCGAGGCCAAAUAGUAAUUCAUACUUUCAAGAAAUAGACGAAAUAGUUUUGAAUUCCUAUGAAGAAAUAGGAGUUAAAAAGGUACUAGAAAACAAUGGACCAGAAAAAUUCGGAAUAUCUCGACCACAUUAUACAUUUGCAAAUGGAAGGCGAUCGAGUACUGCCGAGGCAUAUUUGAAACCAGCAAAAGAUAGAGCGAACUUAUACAUAACUAAGUUUGCUAGAGUUAUUAAGGUACACAUUAAUCCAACCACAAUGAGGGCUCACGGUGUCCGAGUUAUCUUAAAUUCUGGACAAGUUAUUGAUGUUAAUGCAAGCAAAGAGGUUAUUCUAUCACUUGGAACAAUUGACACACCAAAGCUUUUAAUGUUAUCUGGUGUUGGGCCUAAAGAGGUACUGAGGAAGUUAAAUAUAAAAGUGCUAGCGGAUCUUCCAGUUGGCAAGAACUUGCAGGAUCAUCCAAUUAUGCCACUGAUAAUAACUGGUCGAAAGGGAUUAAGUACUGCAAUUCAAAACUUGCUUAUAUCAGCGGAAUUGGAUGCCUACCCUGCACCAAUACAAUCAGGCUUUUUCCAACUGAACCAUACGUUCACUUCGUAUGACUAUCAAAAUAGAUACAGAACAUUGAAGCCACAAUUCCAAAUAUUUAAUUUACAUAUCGGAGCAACCGCAGCUCCUGGUAUCUUAUAUGGAUGUCAAUCAAUAGGAAAUUUUAAUAGAGACUUUUGUUUUUCUAUUAGUAAAGCUAAUACAAUCAGAGAAUUAGAUUUUACAUCACUUGUAUUUCUGCAUUCAGUAUCUAGAGGCCAAGUAACAAUAAGAAGUACCAAUGCAUUAGAUCCACCAGUGAUUGAACUUGGAUACUUUAGGAAUCCAAAUGACAUAUACGUGGCAGCUGAAGGUAUGAAGUUCUUAACCAAAAUAGCCAGAACAUCGUUUUAUAGAAGUGUAGGAGGUGAAAUUGUCAAAUUAAAUGUUAAAGGGUGCGAAAAUUUUGAAUGGGGCACCGAUGCGUAUUGGCAAUGUUAUGUUGUUAAUACAGUUAGCUCCAUACUGCAUCCAGUAGGAACUUGUCGCAUGUCGAACUCGCCCGAUGGAGUCGUCAACGAAAGAUUGAAAGUGCAUAAUAUAGAAGGAUUAAGAGUUGUGGACGCAUCUAUUAUGCCUGAAAUAACAAGUGGUAAUACUAAUGCACCUACAAUGAUGAUUGGGGAAAAGGGGGCAGAUAUGAUUAAAGAGGACCAUGGUAUGUUAAUCACGUGAAUUGACAGAAAUUGCUAGAAUUCUUGGAGCGCUGCGCCGCAGGAAAUAUUUCCUUACAAAAAUUAAGUGUAACUAUUAUUUUACGUCGACCAAUGUCUGAGAAAUUUAAUAUCUGAAUCUCAUCGAUUGUGGUUUUUAAAAUAACAGUGUCGUGUGCUAGAGUUGUUAGAUUAAUUUUAAAUUGGAAUUAAUAUGGAGCAAGGCCACACGAUAUUGUAAAUAAUGGUUAAAUAAUGUCAUAGUCAUAUGCUUAUGAAAGGAUUCACUCAGCCGUGUAGUUGGCAUGUUUUAGUUCAGCAAAUGAAUGUAAGAAUUAUUAAUGAGUGGAUUCAUAUGAAGUAAUUAAUAUCCGUACCUUAGUUCGACAGGUAUACUUAACAUAAUGAGUUUUACUAGUUAGUACCUUGAUCCGUGUAACAAAUGCAAGACUUUGUAGUAUGUGUUACAAAUUUUAGAUUUGGGGACCUGUCACAGUAUCUCUUUCAUAACGAACGCCCACGUUCCACGAAUUACGAAAUAAAAAUUCACAAAUUACGAAGUUACAUUUUACUGCAUUGUAGUAUUGAUAGGAUAUUAAACAUCUUUGUAUUUAAAGAAAACGCUUUUUUAACGGAUUGAUGCUAUGUAUUAUUUUAAACUUUUAAUUAAUUAAUUGUGAUACUUUUUGAAAUUACCUUUUGUCUUC